AUGAGUACAAGUUGCUGGAUCAAACCGGAAAGUAUUAAUACUUACAGCUUCAAGGUCCCUUCGAGUUAUGGCAAACGCGCGUACAAAGACAAUCUGCUGUCUCAUCCUGCGCAGAAAUCUGCUAAAGUCGCUUCUCACGAACCUCCUUCCUUGUUGGAUCUGACAUUUCCAGAGCGGAGUUUGCCUGAGAAAAUGAGCAAAAAAGAAUUUCUUCGAGAUUCAUAUGGUUCGCGUUCAACUACACAGGUUUCUGAAACGUGGAGAACUAGUGAGAAGCCAUUACCUCCGAAAAGUGUUGAGCCUCGUUAUGGAAAGUCCGAAGAAGAAAGAAAAAUGAGGUUUACGCGUGAUUCCGACAUUCCAAAUUCCAAGAAAGGGCGUAAUUACGAUGCAGUUAUGAACGUCGUUAUGGGAUCGAUAAAUGAGAGUCCCCAACAAAAGGAGAGGAAUUCGUUGAUCGAUGGCAACACUUUGAACAAGCUGAACAAAGAAGAUUUCUCAGGCUAUAACGGAGGAUCGCCCAAUGCAGAGUUUUUGAAACGUCACUCUUCCGAUUCAUUCAAUACCCUUUCCUCACCGUCUUCCUUAGGCGGAAAAGAUCCUUACAAAAAAGAGCUUACGUUACGCAGUGAGAUACCAACCAAAGAAGCAAACCGUUGGGAGUCAUGGAGAAAUUUGAGCACUAACCAAGCUAAAUCCUCGUCCAAACCUGUUGUUCGGAAGGAUUCGCCUACGGUUGUCACGGAUUCGUGGCGUACGAGCACGCCUAACGCACCAAAGACUGAAAGUUGGAGAAAUACUGGCAAGAAUACUAUAGAGAGCAGCAUGAAAACAGGAAUGAUGGAGAUAAAUAGGCGUCCUUAUGAUAAUAACAAAUCUACGGGCAUACCACAAUUGAUGUCCCUUUCGUUUGACAGACCAGACUCAUUUGGAAGAAAAGGGAUCAACCGAUGGAUUGAGGGUGAAUGGCUCGCUUGUUCUUGGUUGGCUUCGCCCGUGCGAACCGCGGUGAACGUAUUAUCGUAUCUUAUGCAAGCUAGAUCGUGGUCAAGGUCGAAUGAAGUAGUUAUGGUAACUGGAACCCUUGGUAUUGAUUUCUGCUGGUUUGAGGACCACAGUAUUGAAUUCUUCCCUCGUGGGCCGAACGAUGUUCGACGACCACGAGAUGUUCCUGGUGUAUAUUCUAGUAGCGGCACGGAUGAAGCAUACUCGCGUUCUAGACGGGAUCUAGAAUUUGAGAGAAGAAGUGAUUUCCAGAAUAGCAGUCGCAUAGCGAGCGACUUCUCACAAAAUGAUGAAAGAAGAGGAAGCAGCUAUCUUCCACGUGAGCGAGGAGGACCACUCUACGACGGUCGAAAUUAUGCUCCAACUUUGAGUAGUCUCAGUUACUCUGUGUCCGCUGAUAAUCGCGUGCCUACUAGAGAAAGUGACUCUCGUUAUAAGUAUCUCAGCGAAGGAUGGUAUAAUGACUAUAAAACAACUGCAUCUAGCAGCUCUACUUCACUUCCUCAAGGGAUCUCUUACGGAAGUCGUGAUUACCGCGAUUCUAGAAACGGAUAUAAUGAUCAAGCUCCUGUUCGAGAAAGUGAAAGAAUACGUGCCGAAAAAAGUUCUCAUUUGGCCGUUGGACCUUCUCCAACUAUAUCUAAAUAUGGUUAUCUUAAUGCUUCAAUAGCGCGUGAGACGAGGGAAUUGCAACAAAGAAUGGCAGCCAUCCAGCGUGAAUUGGACAUGCUUGAAAAGGAGAAGAAAAAGGGCAGUCGCAGUCCGGAGUAUCAACGAGAUCGGAAUGAUGCGCGAAGAGAAAGAAGGGUACGCCGCGAACCACAUUCAUCGUCUCAUUCAUCAUCAACAAACCCUCCACCAAGGCGGGAUGCCGCUGAACAAGCAAGACUUGAGCGAGAGCGAGAGAAUUUAAGAAGACGUGAAAGAGAACUGGCCAGAAGAGAAGAAGAACUACUACGUAAAGAGCGCCGAUUACGUGAACGAACGCCUCCACGAUCAGUACGACCGGCAAUGUCACAGCCGAGACGCGGAACACUAUUCAAAGGCCGACGUUUCAUUUCGCAUCCACGACUUCCUGUGCGCGCCAAACGUGUUGAGAGGAUACUUAGCAAUCUAGAAGUGAGACUACCGGAGAAAAGAAGAGCCGUGCGCACUAAAGACGUGCCAGUGAAGAAAGAAUCAAGACCGUCAUUGAAAAGAAGAAUUGAAACGAAACGAGAGCAUAAAGAAGAGCAAGAUGUAACCAGAAACAAAGCCGCGGGAAAUGAAGAAGCUAAAAAUUUGUCCCAACAAGCUGUUGCUAAGAUGCUUGACAAAGCUAUUGGACCUGAAGAACUGGAUAAUUACGAAACACCAAGGCAACGCGCCCUUGCACAGCUUCUGAGCCAUUGCGAUAGGAAAUUGCUGACGGGAGAAGUUCUUAAGAAGUUUGGAAUUAUGGAAAAUGAGAGCGAACAAACUGACAAGGAUAGCUACAAAAAAAGAAUUUGUGUCAGGACGCAUAACCCGACGACAUUUGGUUCACUCGAUCAGUUUGUGCCACUGCGAUCCUUUGAGGAAGAGGUGGUUGUAGAACCUCCCAAUAUGGAAAACGAAGAGGUAUUUGAAAAUCUGAAAACUGCACUAGGUUUUUCAUCUUCAUGA